UAAUUAAGAACAACUUGUGCCGAUGUCGAGGAUUAUCUCUGUCGGAAUAUUAAAUGGAAAGUUAAGUAGUUUCUAGAACGGAGAAUAUGGCGGUUGAGUUUCAUGCCUCGUCCAUUUAUACGAAAACGAAGCGAUCGAUGGAUGUUUGCUUUGCUGAUUUAUUGAUUUUUCGUAUUCGAGACUCGAGAGAAACAGUUUUAUCGCUUGGGAAUGAAACGAGAAGGAUAAAAUUUCCGUUGAGGAUUUCGAUGGUAUGUCCUUUCAUCAAGGAUGUCUGGGAGAAAACUAAAUACAUAGGUAAUCCUAAUUGCGACCGAAUGGACAAGCCACGAUGAGAAAGAAGAAUAUAAGAGCUUUAAAACCGAGACAGUCUUUGCUUCGAGACAAUAGCCGGCUGCUGCUGUGCUCUCAGAUUUUUCUCUUCACCGACAGCUUUUUCUUUCAUCUUUCUGAAACACCGACUGAAUCCGGAACAGAGUCGCCGUUAUGAGGCGCGUACCGUGGACCUCGGUGUUUCUCCGAGUACUUUUGCUGAUUUCGUUGCUUUCCUCGACUCAAUCCGCCUCGACGAGAUCCCGGGGGAAGAAGAAGAUCGCCAAGGAAACCAAAGAAAUAAACGUUUGCGAAAUCGAGGAUCAAGACACGCCAAUCUAUUGCUACUGCAACAAUAACGCCGUCAGAAACGCAACGGAGGCGAAAUGUUUGGUCCUGAGAUCGUUCAACUCGAACGAUCCGACGUGGGACUACUUUGGCUCGCAAAUCUACCUGGAGGAGCUGACCUUCAACGUCAAGAUGCUCAACGGUCUAGAAACUCUAGAGUACAUCCCCACUCAGCUGUUGCGACGUCUCAAGAACCUGCGGAAAAUCACCUUUCACUAUGCGAAAAUCGACCAGCUGCCAGAGUACGCGUUUUCGAAUCUCUCGACAAUCGCGUACAUCGACUUGAACAAAAAUUCCAUCUCCUCGUUGAGGAUGCACGCGUUCGAAAACAUGACAAAUCUGACGGUCGUUGCUUUGAACGAAAAUCGGAUCACCGAGAUUAACAGGGACACGUUUGUCGAUUUGCCGUCGCUAAAGAGACUCCUCCUCUCUCACAAUAACAUCAGCACACUGCACGACAAAGCGUUCAAGCACCUGAUCACUCUGGAGGAGUUGGAGCUAUCCGACAAUCGAAUACAGGUGAUCACCGGUGAUAGUUUUCACAGUUUGAGAAAUCUGCUUCGACUAGACCUUCGAAACAAUUUAAUCGACAUGAUCGGCGACCGAACUUUCAUCGAGAUGCCGUCCCUGCGAGAUCUCGAGCUGGAUUCGAACAAGAUCGUAUACAUCUCGGAGAAAGCGCUCCAAGGGCUGAAAAAUCUGAGAAAACUUAGUCUUAGCGACAACAAGCUGAUCACUCUUGAGCCGGACUUUCUGGCCGGAGCACCGGGUGUUUACUUUCUGGACCUCAGGGAUAAUCAGCUCAAGACGAUAACCUUCGAUAACGUCAAACCGAUCGUGAGCAACAUGUACAACAGUACCAGCCACUUGUUCUUAAACGGCAAUAAUCUAAUUUGCGACUGCAAACUGGCAUGGAUCUGGGCUUUAAGAAACGAAACAAAGAAUAGAAAGCUGCGGGACGCCUUGGAAAAGCUCACUUGUUUCUUGGAGAGCAAUAACGCAUCGCGGAAGAUCAACAAUGCGGACCAUGAAUGGAACGAAGCUCUCGAGAUUGCACGACAUUCACCAAAGGAAUAUCUGACCGAGAACAUCAGAACCGGCAAGUUCGAUACCGACAACGCCUACUUGGGCGACGAGUACGAGAGCGAAGAUGGCUACGAGGAUACGAAUUCCGAUUCUCAACCAAAAGUGCAGGUGAUAGAAGGCAAGUCGAUGCAAGUAAGGAAUUUGUUCGAGUUAAAAAUGGAAGAGCUUCCGUGUCCGGAGCCCUCGAGGGAGGAUCUAAUGGCCUCCGAACAACCCUCGAGUCGCCACGAGAACGCUCCCGUGGGCUCAUCGGGUUCCAUCUGGUUUUCAUCUACGGCAAAGUCUAUCCAUCUCGACUUGCCCGUUUUCGCAUACACCUUUGUCCUUCUGCUGGCGCGGCCGAUGCUCUUCAUCUUUACGUAGAGGCAGUUCGAGCUCCACUCGCUGGACGAUCCGAUAAGCGAAUCGGAAGUAUGGCCCAUGGCCGAGAACAAAGACAAGGACGAUUCGCGAUAUCUCGAUAUACGUGCAUAAUCGAGCCUGUAUGCUGCACGCUCGCGUAUGAAUAAUAAUAGAUUUAUACAACAUGUGUCGUUGCGUACGCUUGCAGCGCACCGCGCGCCGUGUUCCAACUUUGAGGAAAGACCUUCGACUCGUUUACGUUGUCUUUGUUCCCGUUUCAUAUUUCGCGUACACUGUACAGUACUCAGUGUAGAGUGUAGAGUGUAGAGUGUAGAGUGUGGUGUGUAGAGUCAGUCAGCCUUAUAGACGAGUUUGCGGCAAUUUCUAGCCGCGUGUAUCGUAUCGGUGUUCGCGAGGCUAUCAUAAUAUCGUUCUCCUCGAAACAAGUUUCGCCAAUCGAGACGGAAGGGAAGUUGGCCGGGAGGCGAUCCCACGCGAGCCUUAGUCAAUUCCCCGUGCAAUCAUGCCGGUUUUAUCGGUAACCAGAUUGUCAUAGUUCCAGCUCGAGGAGUUUCAGAGUUUGUCGAGUUUCUCGCCUAAACGCACAAAAUAUUCGUAUCGAGCGAUACGACUAUUUGUAUAAAUUAUUACUAUUAUCGAUAUAUAAUACGUGUUUCUCAAAGACUUUGACACGACAUCUAAUAUAUCGUUGGUUUUUCUCAUUCGACUUCCCGCAACCGUUAUCCCUGAAACGUCCAGGUGAACCGAUUAAUAAACACAUGGAGCGUCUAACCCACGCCUGAAAAACGACAAAAGUAGCAAAGAAAUGAUCGAUAAUGUUGAGAUUGUUUGUAAUAGUAUAAACGUUACCAUAUAUAGUAUCGCGAUAUUAAUAGUUUAUAUGAAAAAUCCAACAGCAAAAUUACGUUGCCAGAGAAGAUACCAAGUAUGUACAUCGAUAGAGAAAGUUGAUCGAUCCCAACGAUGUGAAACACGAUUAAAUCAUUGGAAAUGUUAAGAAUGCUCUCUAGUUUUUAAUCUAAUCUGCGAUUUUAAGCAGCGUGUUAUCGAGACGACAAGAGUUGAUCGCUUGCGCACAACUUUUUUUACUCUGCUCUAUUCGCGUAUCGUAAAUAACGUGUACGCGGGCUGCGACGCGACGCAACUCCAUUGGCGGUUUCUUUUCGAGAAAUGUCUCAAAAACAAUCUCGAAGAUCAUUCGAUAUCGAACAUAGCUAGUCUAAUCGAAAUUUGGACCGCAGCUUUCGAGUAAUUUCUAAUGCUAAAAUUAAUCACAUUUAUAACCACGCAAUAUCAUGAAUUAUACAUUCCUGAAAAUUUCGUAACAGCCCGCGGCUCGUGCCAAUUUAGCCUAAGUAAGAUAUCGUCAUCGUCAUUGUCAUCGUCAUCGUCAUCGUCAUCGUCAUCGUCAUCGUCAUUGUCCUUCAUCGACUUUGUGUACUUGAUCAUUCGAGCGUCCUGUACGAUCGUAUUCUCUAGCACGACGUUUGGUGUUAAUCAAGACGCACGCAUGCGUACAGAAGGAAACAAACAAAAGCACUAGGUAGACAGAUAGAUAGACAGAUAGAUAGAUAGAUAGAUAGAUAGAUAGAUAGAUAGAUAGA